UUCUUGCUUUUACUUUUUCUUGAUGUUACUACAUUUUGAGACGUUACAGAAAAGAAGAGGAAAAUGAAGACCAUCUUAUUAUUUUUUUUUGUUAAGUGGACUUGUGAUGUUUCAGAAAUUUUGGUGUGGAUUAGGAUUUAGUCCUAAUGAUGAGGUGUUCAUGCUCUUGCGUGUGGUUUAUAAAUAGUCAUUAUUCUACUGGUUGAUGAGUUUGUUUUUGACACGAAAGGUUUUCUUGUCUUUUGUGCUGAAUUGAUGGUGUUAUUCAUCAUAUGAUGUAACAUUCAGCUGAUCCUUAGUAGUUUGGGAUUGAGGAAUUGGUGAAUAAUAUUAAUGCAGUUCAUUAGUCAUCUUAAAUUUUAUAGGUAAAAUUGACGUAUGGUAUGGAGAUGUUGGCUUGGUUUUCACUGAGCUGCAAGAUUUAUAACCUGAAACUUUACAGGUUUAUAUAUGAUAAAGGACUGAAAUACCUCUUAAGCUUUAUAUCUUUUGGUUCAUGAAGCUUUUGAAGUACAAGAUAUAGUAAUCACAGGGUUAGAGUUUGCUGUCCAAUCAUUUACAAUGUCUAUGUUAACAAAGUUACGCUGCAUCACGCUUGAUGUUACCGGCACACUCAUUGCUUACAAAGGAGAGCUGGGUGACUAUUAUUGCAUGGCAGCCAAAGCUGCUGGGAAGCAAUGUCCUGACUAUAAGCGGGUUCAUGAAGGUUUUAAGCUCGCAUAUACAGAAAUGGCACAGAAGCACCCAUGUUUUGGAUUUGCUGAAAAGAUUCCUAACAUUGUGUGGUGGAAAACUUGUGUCAGGGAUUCCUUUGUUAGGGCAGGAUAUGAAUAUGAUGAGGAGACAUUUGAGAAGAUAUUUAGACGCAUAUAUGCUACUUUUGGUUCUUCUGCGCCUUAUAGCAUAUUUCCUGAUUCUAAACCGUUUCUCAGAUGGCUCCGCGAGAGGGGCAUUACGGUUGGGCUGGUCAGCAAUGCCGAGUAUCGGUAUCAGGACGUAAUUCUUCCUGCUUUAGGUUUGCAUCAGGGAUCUGAGUGGGACUUUGGCGUAUUCUCCGGUCUUGAAGGUGUUGAAAAACCGGAUCCAAGGUUAUUUGAUAUUGCCUUGAAGAGAGCAGGAAAUGUAGCACCGGAGGAAGUACUUCAUAUUGGAGAUAGCAUGAGGAAAGACUACUUGCCCGCGCGAAGUGUUGGGAUGCAUGCUUUAUUGUUGGACAGAUUCAAAACAGCUGAUGCUGUCAAUUGGAGAAAAUCUGGUGCCACUGUGCUGCCUGACUUGACCGCUACCAAAGACUGGCUUACUUCUGAGGAAUUGAAAUGCAAUGACAUAUGAACUUUGUUUGAUUUCUUUGAUUACUUUAUUGGCUUUAAAGGUGAUUUGUAUUACAAGAAUGGGAAAAUGAGUUAUGAGUUAUAUGAAUGUGAUGAGGAUGGAUUUGGUUCAAUUUGCCACAUGCUGUGUUAUUAUA